AUGACACGCUAUCUCCUCGGCGCAUCAGCGCUUGCCGCAGCAUUGCGACCCGCGCUUGGCCAACAAAUCUACGAUGUCUGGCAAACAACAUGGGAUCGCACGAAUCUCUUCUCCAAUAUCUCGCCCUCGACAGCUAUCAACUUCGUCACGCCGGGUGCCAUAGGGAACGCGGACAUCGUCAUCACGGACAGUACAGUCUAUCAACAGAUGGUCGGCUUCGGCGGGUCGCUUACCGACUCUUCCGCGAGUAUCCUGGCUGGAUUAAAGGGGACGAACAGCGGCAACUACAACACACUCAUGAAGACUCUGUUCGAUCCAACGGAUGGAGCUCAGGCUGCGGGGCUCAAUGUCAUUCGUGUUCCCAUCGGAGCAUCGGACUACUCGACUAUGGACUACAGUCUUGACGACACGAGCGGUGAUACAUCGCUCUCCGACUUCAGCAUCGGCGCUGUGCCCGCGGAUGUCUGGACGAUCUUGUCAGACAUCGCAGCCAUCAACCAGUACAUGAAGGUUCUUGUCACUCCAUGGUCUCCACCAGGUUGGAUGAAGGACAGCACCUCCAUGAAUGGCGGUUCGCUGCUCGACGCAGAUGUUACAUACUACGCCAACUACCUGUUGAAGGCCGUCCAGGGGUUCAGUAGCAAGGGCUUCAAGCCCUGGGCCAUCUCCAUACAGAACGAGCCCAACAACGACAACGGCGCCUAUCCUACGGAUAAGAUGACACCUACUCAGAUGGCACAGAUUGGCAGCGCGCUUCGUACUUUGCUCGAUAAUAACAGCUUGUCGAGCGUCAUCAUCAUCGGCUACGACCAUAAUUGGGAUGAUCCCGACUACCCUAUCGACGUUAUGCAGAACGCCGAGUCCUCGUUCGACGGAGCCGCUUUCCACUGCUACGCUACGGAUGGCGUAUCGGCGACCGCGCAGACGACCUUCCAUAAUGCGUACUCGAACAAGAACGUCUACUUCACCGAGUGCUCUGGGACGUACGGAUCGGACUGGUGGUCGGAUAUCAAGUGGAAUGUCGACCAACUCACUGCAGGAUCUGUUGAGAACUGGGCAAGCACAGUCUUGUUCUGGAACAUCGCGCUCGAUGGGAGUGGGAACCCCCAUAUUCCGUCUCAGACCCCGUGCGGCGAUGCAGGUUGUCGACCGAUCGCGACCGUGAACAGCGAUGGUAGCUACUCUCUGAAUCAAGAGUACUACAACCUUGCUCAGGCUGCACGCGCCGUCAACCCUCGCGAUGUUGGCGGGCCGUACGGCCAGCGCAUCGAGGUCACUCUGGGCGGCAAUCUCUCAUGGGCUCUGCGUGUGACCGCCUUCGUCACUGAGCGCGUCUCGAGCUCGGAUUGGAACCGGUAUUCCAUCGUCGUGCUGAACUGGGACGAUUCUUCUAGCACGUCGUUCAACCCUGUUGACGUGACCGCCACUAUCGAGUUCCGCGGCAUGCAGGCAACGUACACGUUCCCGGUUGGCGUUACGACCUUGUGGUGGUACGCCGCGGCAGAGUGA